CCAUAAACCAAUUCCCAAUAUAAAUAAUCCUCCCUCAAAACCUUCCUCUUCCUCUUCUCCCUUCCUUCUUCCUCAUUUCCAGGAACUUUCGUCGUCGUCAAAAAAUCACCGAAAUCACGGCCCUCCCUCUUCAAACGGGUCAACCCAACAACUCUUCUCCCAAAAUGGAUCGAUCCAGAUUCGUAAUCGACUCCGCCGAAGCCGAACAAAUUGCCAAACGAUCAGGCAAAACCGUGCUCCAAGUCCUCCCGUCCUUGGUCAAAUCCGCCCAGGCCUUAGCCCGCCCGCCAAUCUCGAACUACCACGUCGGAACAGUCGGACUCGGGUCGUCUGGGCGAAUCUUCUUCGGAGCCAAUCUGGAAUUCCCGGGUCUUCCACUCAACCAUUCCGUCCACGCCGAGCAAUUCCUCAUCACCAACCUCUCCCUCAAUGCGGAACCACGUCUCAAAUACCUCGCCGUCUCCUCCGCCCCUUGUGGCCAUUGCCGCCAAUUCCUCCAAGAGCUCCGUGGUGCCCCCGACGUCAAGAUCCUCAUAACCUCCUCCGAAGACGAAAAAGAAAACAAAAUAAACAAUAAUUGUAAUGAUAAAGACCAUGAAUUUACUCCUUUAUCUCAUUUGUUACCUCACAGGUUCGGCCCAGAUGAUUUGCUAGAAAAAGAGGUUCCUCUUCUCCUCGAGCCUCAUCGAAACGGCUUGUCGUUUUGCUCCGAUUUAUGCAACGGCAAAAUCAACGGUGACGAUGAUUUAAAAUACGCUGCUCUUGAUGCGGCGAAUAUGUCACACGCGCCUUACAGCGGGUGUCCAUCUGGGGUGGCUUUGUUGGAUGUCGAAGGGAACAUAUAUAAAGGGUCUUACAUGGAAUCGGCAGCUUAUAAUCCGAGUUUGCCGCCCGCUCAGGCGGCGCUCGUGGCUUACGUGGCGAGCGGUAGCGGAGGAGGGUAUGAGAGGAUUGUUGGGGCGGUUUUGGUGGAGAAAGCGGAUGCUGUUAUCAAACAAGAACAUACCGCAAGGCUGCUUUUGCAGUGUAUUUCACCAAAGUCUGAGUUGAAGGUGUUUCAUUGUAAACAAACUUGUUGAAAAAGUACCAAGUAUAAUUUAUGCUUAUAUGAGCAUUUGUAGUAGUUGAAUUUAUGGAUCAAUUGAUGAAAAGAUAAUGCCUUUGUUUUAUCUUUUCUAGAAGAAAUAAAAAAAGAAACAAACUCGGUUUAAGAAACCAAGCAUGAAAAUGUAAAUCAGCAAGUUGAUAAAAGUUUAAUCUUUCUGAUGCUCAGUAGUAUCUUCUUCAACUUGAAUUAUUGCCUCCUGUUUUGUUUUUUUUUCUCUGUUCUGUUGGGGGUGUUCAGUGGACUUAGAUGAGGUGUAGGAACUGUUGCAUAAAUGAGACAUGAAAAGCAGGAAAGCUGAUGAUUCUUUUAAAAGUUUUUGGUUGGUAAAAGGCAUUCAAAAGAGAGGCAAACAUGAGAUUCCCAUUUCACUUUUGGACUGGACUGGUAUCAAUUAUCAUUGUAUGAAAAUGGGUCCAUUUUCCAGUUGUGGUUUUGAUUGGUGGGUGGAGGAUCCUGCGGCCAUGAAAUUCCAACAUUUCAUCUUCGUUUGAGACACAUUUUACUGAACUAUAUGUAUGUAGUUGUCGAGAUCUAGUGAUCUACCAUCAUCAUCACCCAAAUGUGUUGUUAUUAAUCUCAUAUACUUGGAACUCUUCUUAAUGGCCU